GCAGGGUCACACUGGAAGCGCCCGCGGAAUUUGAAUCACAGCAUUGUCACACAAUGCAUCGAUAAGGGCCCUGAUCACGCAUUGCCUCUGCUCGCCAACUUGAACAAGCAUUUAUCAAAGACUCGUCUCUCUCUUGACAAGGGCAUUCGUACCAACCAACGGUCAUGAACAACUGGGCCUGGCCAGGAUUCAACAACUACCCCGCUGGGAACAACGUCUACGGUGGCGUGGCGGCGCCGUUCCAGCAAACACCAUGGGCCGGGGCCAGUGCGUACGCCCAGGAUUUGGGACCUACGCCGUGGAAAGGCCGGAGCAAGCAUGCAUCUCUGCACCCCAUUCUUGCUGUGGAUACCACGCUCCUUCGGUAUGAUCUGAGGAAGAAAGCGCGGUCGACGAUCUUGGCGAAUGCCUAUUAUACAAAUGCGCAGGUCUCGGCUACGAUAGCGCCCGUGAUGAUUAUGCGCCUCGUAUCGCAGGAUUUCCCGUGGACGGUUGAUAUCAAGUCGACGCUGCCGAUUACUGUUGAGUUUAUAUGGGAUGCGCUGUAUGCGGCGAUGCAGGAGGAGAUCAUGGAUUCGGAGUGGGGGAUUAUCGUCUGUGACAAGAAGCUCCGCGCGACUGUCGAGAAGGCUGCGAAGAAGAGGAUCGAAGCCGAGGGGCAGGGAUCUAGCAAGAAGAUGAAGAGGAUAGACUGGUUGGGAGAGAAUACCUGUCUGAAGGGCCUUGACCGGGACGAGGCAUUUGAGAAAUUGAGGCUGCUGCCGGGCGAUAAGAACUCUUGUCCUGAUACCUGGCUGGUAAAGAUGUGCGCGCCGUAAAUGGCUCGAGCCAGUGGUCAAAAAUGGGGGUUUAUGUUUGUUAUUUUGAUAGCUCUGCCGCAUGUACUGGAUAUGUUUUUUAUGUUUCUAUGUAAGUCUACAUCAAAUUGACAUGAUGCCAUUCGACUGGGA